UAUUAUGCAUAAUGGCAUUGACUUAAUAGUUGAUAAAAGUCAGAUAGGAACAAUGUUUCUAUACAUGUUUUGUUUGAGUGUUUACUCGGUGCAUGUGUUCGGUGACAAUUUCAGUUUCCUCGAUCUCGUAGAUAAAGCUGUAUUACUUGAGUGUAGACACUUCAUUCCUCGUCUUAGCUAUGAACAUCAGAAGGGUGAAAGGGGUAGGAUCGGAGUGUUUGGGGGCUCUGAAGAAUAUACUAGUGGCCCAUAUUUUGGUGCUAUGGCAUCUCUAAGAACUGGUGCUGACAUGGUGUAUAUAUUUUGUGCUUCACAGGCUGCAAUACCCAUUAAGUCAUACAGCCCAGAUUUUAUGGUACUGCCUUGCUUAGAUUCGGACAAUGCCCUUGACUUGAUUAAACCGUGGUUAGAACGAAUUCAUGGUAUACUAAUAGGACCAGGAUUAGGGCGCAACAAAAAAAUAAUACAAAACAUAAUCAAAAUAAUAGAACUAUUAAAAGAAGAUGAUGAUGGUGGAAUUCCAAUAGUACUUGAUGCUGAUGCAUUUUACAUUCUGUACUCCCACCCUCAGUUGCUCCAAGGUUAUCCGAAUCAAGUUUAUCUUACACCCAAUGAAGCAGAAUUCAAACAACUAGCUUCAGUAAUUCUUCAGAUAAAAACAGUUGAUGCUAUUGAUCCUCAUGAACAUUUGAGAACACUAGCAGAAAAACUAGGCCCAAAAGUAACAAUACUUUUAAAAGGUAAAAUAGACAGGAUUGCUCAUGGAGACCUGGUGACUUGCAACAACAUGCGAGGGUCUCCCAGAAGAAGUGGAGGGCAAGGGGACCUAUUGGCUGGCUGUCUCACAGCACUAGUUGUCUGGCUUGAAUCUGCAGAGUUCUGGCGGCCACAAGUACACCUCACUCACCCACAACUGGUUAGCUAUGCAGCUUCUGCAAUUAUCAAGUUGGCUAAUCGACUGGCUUACAGGGAUCAUGGCAGGAGUCUUUUAGCUUCAGAUGUUUUGGCCAAAAUUCAUCAAGCUUUUAAUCUUUUAUUCAAUGAGAACUAAUGGACACAAUACAGUCUUAUUAAAAACGUGUUUUAAACAAACACUCUUGGUAUAACACUUAAUUCAAAAUAUUGAUGAUUUUUAUACAAAUCUCUUUUGAUAUGUAUACAGGUUGUCAUUUUUUUUAGCAAGAAUGUACAGGCAACACAUUCCAGUCACAGUUUUAAUGAAUGGAUGUGUGACUUUAGAUUAGUGUGAAGUGAAUACUACUUUAUAUUAACAUACACAUUCUCUGAUGAAGUGUUUACAAAAUACAUUAUCUUGUUAACAAGUGAACCAAAUGAUGCAGUUUGUUUAUAGAUUAAGUCUUUAAAAAUAUGUAUGUUGUGUUCAGUGAUUUGUGUAAAAAUAAUCUUAUCAGUACAAUGCCCUUACUGGGUUAGAAAUUGAUAUUCAGAACGAACCACCAUCAGUUGCAAUAGUUCUAUACUGGUUCAUACUUAAAACAUGGAUAAAUGAGUCUAGCAUUUAAAAGAAUAUCAUUCUAAGGUAUAUAGAUUCCCAGCCAAGUAGUAAAUCCAGAUAUUUGUGACAUCAUUCUGUAUCUUAUGAGAAUUCCUCCCUAACAUGAAAAUUAUUAUAGUUCAUGAGGCUUAAACUGGCAGUGUCAUAACUUUCUUCAUCUGUUUUCCAGUUCACACCAUUUUGAAUAAUUGGUAACAGAAUUAAAAUCUUGAACCGUUUCAGACUAGUUGUAGAGAGCCACAUUGAGUUAACCCAUUGGCAUACCUAUUUAACCCCAAACAGGAAAAAUAGAACCCUCCCCUCCCAGGGAAAAUAGGAUUCCCUGAUCUAGACCCCUGGGGAAUCCUAUUAAUUCAGUAUUUUGUAGAGUUUACAAAAAUGGGUGUAACAAAUUUUCGAGGUUCAUAAAGAUAAACUAAUCACCAUUGUCGAGAGAUAAUCCUAUUUUUCCUCUCAGAACUUGUAUAAUAAUAUCUUAUAUAUCAUCAAAAUAAGACUACCUGGUGGACCAAUAGGCAGUAGCAUUUUGUUCCUGACAGGCAUAAUCAGUGAAAAUUCAUCAUCCUUCUGUUGUUUAUUAGUUAUUCUAGUGUUAGUGUAUACGAUCUUCUACGUCUCCUUCAAAAUCUUGUCCCACUAUAUAGCAAACUAUAAUCAAUAAAACGAUUAAUUUCACUCGAUUAUAAUAACAGUUCACAUGCCAUUACUGCAUCUUAAAGAUGAACAAAACCUUGUACUACAUGGCUGGUUUCUUGUUUUGUUUACUUUAAUUCAACUCUACAGGUUCGCCAACUUAUAGUACAGUAGUAUAAAGUAGACCAAUGGGUUGAAAGAUGUCAAACCAAAAUAUUUGUAUAAGGCCAUUAAACAGAAUACAAUGUAAUAGGCUGUGUCACAUUGUGCUACGAAAUGUUUUGUUAUUUUUAGAUUUUGUGGAUUGAGUGAGGGUUUUUUAAGAAACAAUUAAUUUUCUCAAAAACAGUUUGUGACCUAGUAAAUUAAAGAAGUAGUGAAAUAUCACACAGUUAAAGUAAUUAUAUUUCUGUAAGUAUUAAUGCGUGUUCUACAUGUCAAUUUUUGCAAUUGUUACCUUAUUAAAAUUUGGCAGAAACAGGUAGAGUAUUACAUUUUUCAAAAUCAAGAAAAUAAAUUGUGGCCUUGUUUAUCUAUAAUCAAGGAUUAUGGUCAAGUGAGUUAUUUUGCUCAACCAAUUAAGUGCUGUAGAGUGAAUGGUGUAGUGUAGUUUUAAGACGUAUUAUUGUCUUAAAUAUUAGUGGUAUUAAGCAAACUAAUAAACUAAUAGGUAUGUACGCUUUGACAUUUGAAACAAAUUAUUGAAAAUGUAUUCAUUUAAAAUAAAUCUUUUUAACCCAC